ACUACCUCGUUCCAAUUUUUGUUUUGCUUUAUUCAUUCUAUUCACACAAAACGAGCAGAGUAACAUUCUUCAGUCAGAAUACUGUCUCCUCCGGUCAGUUUGUUGUUUAGAUAGUAUUUUGGUUUGUACAGACACUUUUGUUUUCAUUCUCGGUUUAUACAUCGACGUUCUCAGGUAAUCUCGAGAUUUCAGUGUUUGGUGUAAUUAUUGUCGACCUUGCCAAAAUCGAUACUGGCCGUGUUUGUAUUUUAUUAUUCCAAUUAUUCCUUGCAGAAUUACCAUUGCUAAAACCUUCGGUCGAAUACAGACACAAAGUGAGUGAGGUUCUUCACUUUAUAGUGUAGUUUAGGUGCUGUUUAUAUUCAAUAAGAUCUGAAACCAUGGAACAAGGAACCUAAGGCUUAAACAAACCACCAACGCAAUUUGACCAAAUAGCUUUAGUAAUUUAAAAUACUCACCAAGAUCAAACCAGACCAAACAACAUGCCAACAGUAAUCUCCAAGUUCCUGGAACAGGGUGAAAGCACCUUCAAGCAGAACAAAUCCGUCUUCUCCGGAGCAUUCAUCGCAGCCGUUCUUUGCACCUACGCCUACAAAGUCGGCUAUCCCUUCGUGGACUCCUUGAUACACAAACCAAAGGACAAUCUCAACAACAACCACAUAGUUCAAAAAGACUUGCAACGUAAGAAUGGCCUAGUGAAGAACAAGAAACUCAAAGGAAGGCUUAAAAAUAGUAUACCGAACUUCAAUUUAGCCUUUAUCUUACAAUUUAUUAAGUUAGUUAGGAUAAUGAUACCCAGUUUCAUUUGUACUGAAACGGUUUUACUCAGCGGGCAUACGACGUUUUUGUUUUUGAGGACGUUUUUGAGCAUUUAUGUCGCUAAUUUAGAAGGUGCUAUAGUUAAGUAUAUUGUGAUGAAAGACCCCCAGAACUUCGUUAAGCAGCUAGGAAAAUGGUUUGCCGUAGCGAUUCCAGCUACGUUUAUUAACAGCAUGAUAAGAUAUCUUGAAAGUCGGAUAGCCUUGAGUUUCCGCACAAGACUGGUAGACCACUCGUACAAACUAUACUUCAAGAACCAGAGUUACUACAGGGUGACUGUGCUAGACGGCAGAUUAGACAAUUGCGCGCAGCGGCUGACAGAUGACAUAGAAACUGUCGCCAACACCGUGUCGCACCUUUACGGACAGAUAACGAAGCCAUGUUUCGAUAUACUUCUCAUGGUUAUAGCUUUAGCCAAUUUGGUGAAGAGUCGCCAUUCGAAUCUUGUGAUAGGACCUGUGAUUAUUUGCGGAGUGGUGAUGUUCUCAGCUUUACUUUUAAGGUUUGUGUCUCCAAGGUUCGGCCACUUGGUAGCCCAAGAAGCGGAGAAGAAAGGAUAUCUACGACACGUCCACGGAAGAAUCGUCAGCAAUGCCGAAGAAAUCGCUUUCUACGGAGGCCAUCAGGUCGAAGAAAGUCAACUUAGACAAGCUUUUAGAGUUUUAUCUAAACACUUGGAACACAUGUUCGGUGUGAAAUUAUGGUUCAUCAUGUUGGAGCAAUUCUUGAUGAAAUAUGUGUGGUCUGGAGCAGGUAUAAUAGUCGUAUCUCUGCCUAUUCUCCUAGCAGCCGGCAAUCGACGCAAAAUCUCCAACAAAAGUCUUCUUUCCAUACCAGAUUUUUCAUCCAAAUCAGAAUCUCUCAUCGCUGAAGACACAGCCGACGACCAAAUAGAAGAUAGCGUAUCAGAACGAACGCACUACUUCACUACCUCCAAGAACCUGUUGAUAACUGGCUCAGAUGCUGUAGAACGGCUCAUGAGCAGCUACAAGAACAUCGUCGAGUUAGCUGGUCAUACGGCCAGGGUGGCCAACAUGUUCGAGGUUUUAGAGGAAGCUAGUAACGGAAUUUACCACAAGACUCUCGUCGCUAAGAAAGAGAAGUCUGCUGAUUUCGAGAUUGAGUUCCGUGGUGAUCAACCUUUAGCCAAAGGUAAAAUCAUCUACUCAACCAAUAACGAGAUCAUCCUAAAGAAUGUUCCUAUAGUAACUCCAAAUUGCGAUAUAGUGUGUCCGUCUCUAAGUCUUGAAUUGACUCCGGGACAACACUUGCUAAUUACGGGUCCAAAUGGCUGUGGAAAGUCCAGUUUGUUCAGAAUAUUGAGUGGAUUAUGGCCUAUUUACGGUGGAGAGCUUCAUACUCCUAAAAAUUCAAUGUUUUAUAUUCCUCAGAGGCCUUAUAUGGUAAUAGGUAAUUUAAGAGACCAAGUAAUAUACCCCGACACUUACACGGAUAUGGUAAAGAAAGGUAUUACCGAAGAAAAUUUACUGAAAAUAAUGACUAUGGUACAUCUAGAUCAUAUCGUCGAGAGGGACGGAUUCUAUGAAAUGAAAGAUUGGACUGACAUCUUAUCCGGUGGUGAAAAACAAAGGAUGGCUAUUGCGCGAUUGUUUUAUCACAAACCGAAAUACGCUCUCUUGGACGAAUGCACUUCUGCAGUCUCCAUUGAUGUUGAAAGCUUCAUAUACCAAAGUGCUAUAGACAUGGGAAUUACUCUACUCACCAUCACACAUAGACCUACACUAUGGAAAUUCCAUACGCACAUCCUUCAAUUCGACGGUACAGGAUCAUGGGAAUUUAGUCAGUUGAACCACACCAGCAGACUUACCUUGAAGAAAGAAAAGGAGGACCUUCUAAAAGCAGAAAACAACGAAGAACGAUCGAAAAGACUGGACGAACUAAACAAAUUACUUGGAGAGGAUUCAUAACUACUUAGAGAUUAGCUAACUGACAAGCAUUUACUGUAGAUUUCAAAUAUUCAGGAGAAGAGUUCAUAGUAUUCAUCUACGUCCUAUCGAAUCAUUUAAAACUACAAAUCUUGCCUUUACUCUUUCAGUUUCAUCCUGGUGAUAGUGCUGUGAUAAUUCCAAACAAUUUUUCGGACUAUACAAUACCGGUAAAUGAAGGACUCUGAGCAUUUUAAAAAAAGUUUUAUUUUCAUUUUUUUUUUCUAUUUUUAAUGUCAACUUUAAAAUUCUUACGUGUUCAGUCAAGGAUUUGGCAACAUCUAUACGGCAAUCUAGUGAAUUUUGGUAAUUAUUAUGUAUUUGUUCAAGAACUUGGCAACACCGUACGUCACUCUAGUCAACGUGGUUCGGCAGGUUUGCCGAGUUUAAAAAGACAUAUUGCAAUGAGUUUAAGAGCAAUUUGAACAAAAAACACAUCACAAUUGUCUAAAGAACACAAAGUGUUUUUGUAAUAUAUAUAUAUAUACAUCAAUUUUGAUUGGAUUUUUAAAAAGUGGCAUACCGUUAUAAUGCCUGAUUAGUCAGCAAUGAAUUCAUCUUAAUAUCAGUGUAAUAUGAUUUCUCUAUAAUGAAAUAAUCAAACAAAAGUUAACAAGUACACUAAUUUAAUGAACAUUUUUAACAUAAAAAUGUAACAACAAAUGUGUUUAAGAAUAAUCUGUGUUUCCUCCAGAAGUAUACGUAAAAUACAGCUUGACGCUGCCUUGGCAUUCUUAAAAUUAAAUUACCAAUAUCGUUUUGGGGCAAUAGGGAUCCAUUCUUGUGUAAGAAGAUCUUGAAGACCGUAUGCGCUAUCACUUUUGCCUUAUUAAGUGCGUUCGCGGGUGCCUGUUGGCGACUAGUCGGCGACAAAGUAGCAGCAAAACGCAUGCGCACUUUAAAAUGAUAUAAAUAAUAUCAAUAUCGUUAAUAGAUAAAUAAACAAGGUAUAUUUACCUAGCAUAAUUUAAUAAUUAUUUAUUAAUAUUAAUUAAAAGUAAAUAUACCGUGUAUAUUUAUCUAUUAACGGUAUUAUUUAUAUUAAGUGAGGAUAGAAAUUGUCAGCGACAAUGGAUAGCCUAAGUCUGACGUCACAAAUGUCACAAAAUUGGGAGGAGAUUAUAUUGACUCCAAACAAUUUUGUUUGUAAAAAAAAUUGUCAUAAGGAAUUUUUCAUUUAUGUGCUUUGUGUGGCAAAAUAAUACUUCAUUUAGGUGUUUCGUUAAAGAAACGUGUUAAUUAAGAGAUUUUUAUUCGUUUUUGCUCAGGUGGUUUUUAUUCCUUGGUGGUUGAAAAUAAACAUAACCUCAAAACUGUUUACGUUCUUAUCAUUGCAUUAAAUUAACUCACCUGGGCAAAAACGAAUAAAAAUUUCUUAACUGACACGUUUCUUUAACUAAAUACCUAAAUGAAAAGUCUUAUUUUGUCACAAAAACCACGCAAACAAUAAAUGAAAAAUUCCUUAUGAGUGUUUAACCUUAUAAACAAAAUUGUUUGGACUCAAAUAUAAGCUCCUCCCAAUUUUGUGACGUCAAGAUUUAGGAUGUCCAUUUGUCCACUGUACCCGCGAACGCAACUACUACUACUUGUAACUGACAGAAUAAUUUUCAUGGCAUACCUUGAUUUGUAGAGAACAAGUUUUCAAAUCCAAUGGUAUGCAUAGACAUAAUAAGGAUAGACAAGGCAUACUGAGCAAAAUAGCGUAACUCUCGGGCAGUCGAUCGGUGGUCCAUCUAUCUCUUUUUACAAAGCGAUCUCGCGCAUGUGACACAAAAUGUGGCUAGAUGGUUACACCUCGAUGUACAGAGCACCCAUACCUUGCCUGGUCUACCCUUUAUUAUCUCUAUGAUGGUAUGUAUUAAUAAGCAAAUGUUUCAAAUUUUGAAACAUUUUUGAAUAAUAAUGGAGUUCCUUAGCCAUUUUUGAUGUGUGUAUUUACCUUGAGUUUCUGCGUUGACAAAUUUAUUUGAAUUUUCUUGUGGACAUUUAAUAGGCUUGAGAUUCUUGAUUAAAAGGCAGCAUAACGCAGCUACAAUGUCCUUCAGGUAUUGGUACAAUAACAUGGAACAUACGUUUGGUAGUAGUAAACCAGUAAAUCUCGAAUUUUGUAAUACAAAAUCAUUCGAUCGUCAUUUGUCAACCCAGUGUUCACAUGCAAAGUGUAUGUUAACGAUUAUUUGAACAAGUGUAUAAGUAAUUAGUGUUAACGAAUGUUUAUGUAACCAUGGAAUAAUUUGUAUUCAUUUAAUAAAUGUGUAUUCAAAUUUACUGGAUCAUCUAAUAAAAAUUCGAGAACAA